UCGAGACGGGCGGGGUUGGACGCAAUCCAUCGCACUCCGCCGGAGUAUCAAAGGUUUUCUCUUCUCCCUUCCGAAGCCCUUUUCAUUCUCAUCAAGACUCACAGAGAAAAGCUCCUCAAGAGGCAAACAAGAACCUCAGCAGCUUUCUAUCUGACCGUCCGAUCGACCAUGUUUCGACAAGCCCCGCGCCUUUUGGCCCGUUCGAUGAUGGCCCGGUCUCGGCCCUUCUCCGAUGUCCCCGCCCAGCCCGCAUCUGACUCAGCGUUCGUCGAGGCAUGGAAGAAGGUAAUCCCGAACAUCGACCCUCCCCAGACCCCACUCUCCUUCAUGAAGCCGCGACCCACCACGCCCUCAUCCAUUCCUUCAAAGAUCACCGUCAAUUUCGUCCUCCCCUACCAAUCAGAGCUGUCCGCCAAAGAGGUUGACAUGGUGAUAAUACCAGCGACAACUGGGCAGAUGGGUGUUUUGCCGGGCCAUGUCGCCACCAUCGCAGAGCUGAAGCCUGGAAUCAUGUCAGUCCAUGAAGGCAGUGAAGUCACCAAGUACUUCGUAAGCAGUGGAUUUGCAUUCAUCCAUGCCAAUUCAGUUGCAGAUGUAGUGGCUGUUGAGGCUGUCCCGGUCGACCACAUCGACCCAAGCCUUGUCCAGAAGGGGCUCGCAGAGUUCACCCAGAAGCUCAGCUCAGCCUCGACCGACUUGGAGAAGGCUGAAGCUCAAAUUGGGGUGGAUGUUCACAGUGCUCUCAACUCUGCGCUUACAGGGUAACAAUCUUUCAUCCCACCAGUUUUUUUCUCUUUGGGUUGUUUUUCAUCUCUUUCAUCAAGAGAUUUGAAGACUGUUUGGCUCUCAAGAUUGAGAUCUAUUCAGUUUGUAUUUUGGAUUGGCUGCCAUGAAUCUCUUUCUAGUUUUUAUGACACUGAUUUUGUCAAAUGUUGAAUAAAUUCUUGGAAACAAGACUCUUAGAAACUCUCAGAAAAAGGUUGCUAUACAUCCUUGGAUUUGAUUUUCCUUUA